CGAUUGGCUGGAUGCUGAAAGACCGUGUCAGUGGUGUGGGAGUAACCAGCAGAUUUCUAACACUAAAGUAAAACGUUGAAAGCAGGUGAGCAGAGUGCAGGCUAUUCAAGCCCUGAGGAUUAUAAUUAAGCAUUUUCCAACUGUCAGCGAUGAGAGGGACAGCAGUGAAAGCCCGAGCCACAAAGCCCGCUACCUCUUAAUCAGAACACAGAAUGGAUGGUGCUAAAAACGAUAAAUGUUUCACGUUUUCCCACGAGAAUGCUGAAGACAUUGACUGGCUACCGCUAGAUGCUGGUCUCAUACAAAGUAUAGUCUCCCAGAUUGAACAUUACCUUUCUGAUGAGAAUCUGACUAAGGAUGCUUUCCUUUUAAAACACGUAAGACGAAAUAAGAUGGGCUAUGUCAAUAUUAAGUUACUGACAUCUUUUAAAAAGAUAAAGCACUUGACCAAAGACUGGCGCGUCACAGCGCACGCUCUACGUCAUUCUUCAAAGCUGGAGGUAAAUGAGGAAGGAAAUAAAGUGCGCAGAUUAGAGCCAGUGCCAGAGUCUGUCUUGUUUCAGGCGCCCAGCAGACUCCUGCUGGUGUGGAACUUCACAGAUCUGCCCUUGACCGUGGACAAGUCGAGACAUCGCAAGAGUGUUAUGGAGACCGCCAUCGCCAUUCUGGAACCGUUCGGCCCCAUCACGGCGGUGCGGGUGAACCGGCCCGGGAGAGAGCUCCCGCCCGAGCUCCAGAAGUAUGGCUGCAGGUACGUGGAACUUCUCACGGAGGAGAGCGUGCUGGUGGAAUACGAGGACCUGGAAGGUGCCGGCCGGGCUUACCACCAGCUCUCCCAAUCUGAAGGAGGGCCAAGGGUGCUCCUGGUGGGGAAGGCCUCCAAGAAGAAGGCUGGGGAGGUGGGCGUCAGCUGUGCCGAAGGCAAUGGCGCAAGUAAGGGCAACUGCAUUCUGUACCAGCGCACGGAGCAGCUGCAGGUCCGCAGCCAUGAGUCCUCAGCGUGCAGCUCCUCCGAGUCCGAGUUUGCCACCUCCUCGCCGCUGCGUAUCCGCCGCUUCGGUUCGGGGCAGGUGUGCGGCAGCCCGCGCUUCAGCCACCGGGCUGCUCGUGCUCCUCCGCCGGGUUCCCGGGUGUCUCCUCUUUUAGUCUCUGAACUCGCGCAAAGUCCAGACACAAGCCCAGAGCUUGGACGGCGCAACCCCGAUCUCUCCCUUGAUUGCAGAGUCUAUUUCGGAAGCCCUUGGGUGCAGAAACGCAAGUCUACCACCACCCAACACCUUCCUUUGGAGGGGAUCCACAAAUAUAGCCAGUCAAGUGAAAAAAGAGGCCUAAAUGGAGACCCAGUGCCAUCUGGAGUACUCCGUCUGCCGUACGGUCCAGACGGCAGCAGAGGUUUCCAUACCAUCAUAGCUGGGAGACGAUUUCAUCAGUCUAUCAAAAUAUAA